AUGACAGAUCCCGAUAGCUCUUAUCGUCCCCGUUCUCCAGACUUUUCCUCUCUCCAAUCCUUCCCGAACACAUUCAACAACAACUCCUACCAGCCACAACCACCCUAUCUAGCCAGUCCUCUUGGCCAGCGCGCUUCUUACGACGCCUCACCAUUCUUUACUGCUGGUUAUCAGCCCCCGGUAGUGCAUAGCCGCACUCCCCAGCAGUACGUGCAACAAUCGCUUCACUACGACGACGAUAUGGCGAGACGAAGCGCACGCCUGUCGGCCGCUGCUCAGGCCCAAGCCCAGGCCCCUCCUCCCGCUCCUCCUCAACCUUCCCACCAACAAUUCAUAUUUGAUCAGCGUGUCGCUUCCACACCAAAGGCGAUGGCCAGGGACUCUGAACACACAAAUGCUCUUUCACCGCAGGGACUAGACUCGAACAGAGAACAACCGAAGCCCUGGGCUGGAAUAGAUGUGAAGACGAAGUUUCCAGUGGCUCGUAUCAAGCGUAUCAUGCAGGCCGAUGAAGAGGUCGGAAAAGUGGCUCAAGUGACGCCAAUCGCAGUCUCCAAAGCACUCGAACUUUUCAUGAUCUCGCUGGUUACCAAAGCUGCAACAGAGGCUAGGGAUCGAAAUUCGAAACGAGUCACUGCUACCCAUUUAAAGCAAGCCGUUGCCAAGGAUGAGGUGCUCGAUUUCUUGGCUGAUAUAUGUUCGAAAGUGCCGGAUCAAUCAUCUAAGAAAAAUGAAGAGGAUGGAAGUGAUCACAAUGAAGGAAAGCGAAAGUCUGGCGGCGGGAGACGAAAGAAAGACGUGGACAGUGAUGACUUCUAA